AUGAGAUUCGGUCGGGAUUUACAUGGGUGCAUUGUGCCUGAGUGGACGGCCUUCUAUGUGCCUUACAAUGUUGUCAAACGCACUCUCAAAGUGGCGGUCGGCAAAUCCGUCGAUGAAAGCUCUCAGGAGCGUAAUGCUAAUAUCGUGUUAGAGGUCUUUGAGCUUCUGGGUAAGGGCAAUGAGUCUUUUGACGAUUUUCAUCGUGAGAAUUGCGAUCUGCUCAGAGCAAGACAAGCAGAGCUCUGCAUCAAGUACGAGAGAGCGAUCAAAGCAUGCGCCUUUUCUAGUGAUGGAACGAGAGAAUUCCGCGAAGCAAGGAGCUUUGUCAAAGCUGCCACUGAGCUUCGUGAAGACUUUGCCAAGCUGCAGAAGUAUUCUCGCGUCAACGAAGAUGCCAUCCACAGAUUAUACGUCAAAGUCGAGAGGCUGAAUGACUAUGUCACUCCAGCUUAUGAAGAGCAAAAAUCCCGAUGGAAUAUGUCUCAAAUUGAUCGUCAUCGACAUUCUGUGAACUUUUUGAACCGACUCGACAGCUUGAUGGACAGCAUUAAGGAAGCGCGUGAAGUUCCAGAGGAGAUGCAGCUCACCUCUGACAAGGACACGUCCCAGCAGAAGCAAUUUAUGGCUGUGAAACGUCCUGCAUUGUACCGCGCUGUCAGCAACGACGAUCCCUCAACAUUGGCAUAUCUUCUUAGGAAUUUAUCGCGCGACCCCACUCUCAAGCUUGAUCGAAAAUCCAUCGUGUACGAGAUGGCGGAGACCGCCGUCAGCUGUGACUCCAAACUAUGUUUCGAGAAUUUGUUAUCAAAAGUCUUUGACAGAGAUGGAGUGGUCUUGGACCACGACCUGUUGAAUCAGGUCAUCUCCGCGGAAGGCCAGAGCGAUGAAAACGAUACUGAGAGCAAGAGUCAUAGCCUGUUUGAAUUCGCGUUUGAGCAUAUCGUGCCUCGUCAGACCGAUGCCCUGUUUGCCAAAGAUGAUUGCGUGCGCUCGAGUCUCCAUUAUGGCGCGAUGUACGGUCUCAACUCUGUCUGUAACUCAAUACUCAACUGUGCUCAAGGAUUGGGUGGCGGCUAUGCUGCAAACCUGAUUCUAUCCUCCGAUUCUCACGGAUUUACACCAUUCCAUUAUGCCGUUAUCAAAAACCACGUGGAAGUUGCGAAUACAUUCCUGGAUGUCUUGCGACUGGAUAAUCGGAGCGAUGAAACGCUAUGCUGGGAAUUGGACGACCUUUUGAUAAUAGCCUUGAGAUACCAACAUGACGACAUGGUGUAUCUUCUGGCAUAUUCCAACUUCGGCCCCAACAGCAAGUCGUUGCAUAAUGAAACCGCUCUUUACGUUGCUUCUCAAAUUGGCCGUGAAGACUACGUGAAGCUGUUAUUGGAAAACGGCAGUGAGGUUGAUGUCAACACACCUGAAACGCCACAUGCAUGGACUCCACUUUUCAUUGCGUGCGUGGAAGGUCAUAUAUUGGUUGUUGAGAUUCUUCUUGAAUUCGGCGCCAAACAGGAUCUGGUUGAUCAUCUCGGCUGGACCGCCAAGGAGCACGCUGCCUUGAGAGGUCACUUGGAAGUAGCUGAAAUGUUGGAGUCCUGGGACCCCAGUGACCCCAGCAAUAUGGUCGGUGGCCCUGCGAGCCUUCUACAAAAACCCGAGCCUGAACCAUCCACCCCUGUCUCACCCAGCUCACUCUGUGCCAAUCAGGUCAUCAUCAACCUGGGUAUUUUGAGGAAUGGCGAAUAUGUCGAAGCCAUCGAUUUCGAGGGUCCAUUAGCGACGACUUCUUCCUCCCUCGACAUGUCGAUCUCCAUUGAAGACAAUACCAGUGAAUUGAUCAAGCUUCCCGUGCUAAGCGAUAUGGUCAAUGAGCCUGUCGUCCUGCCUGUCGCGAAGCCGGAUCAAGCUCGUCUGAUCUUCAAAUUCUAUAGCUCACAUCACUCUUAUGAAGAGCGCAAACUUGUGGGUACUGGCGCCGCCUUACUUGGAAAGGAUCAAAAGUGCUUUGGAGACAACCGUGAAAGUCUUGUCAGAGAACGCACUGUUCCUAUUUUCGACAAAACCACAAUGGACAUCAUGGGAACUGUGACUUUCACAUGUGUCAUUGCUAAGUCUGUAACAUCUUUCACCAUUCCACAAUUGCCAAAACAGCUGUUAGAAAAAGAUGGACUGCAGAUCGUGGGUCACAGAGGUAUGUCUCGGGAAAACCCAUUCACUACACUUUGCCACUUGGUUGAUAUUUACUCACAUGUAACAGGACUUGGUCAGAACACAGCCAACCGAAACCAGCUUCAACUAGGAGAAAACACAAUCGAGGUAUCUUUGCUUCCUAAUGCCCAACUGACUCGAGACCUUGUGCCUAUAAUUUAUCAUGACUUCUCACUCAGUGAAUCUGGGACAGAUAUACCCAUUCAUGACCUCACCUUUGAACAGUUUAUGUACGCAAGCAAACUUCAAUCUCCCAGAGGUAAACCAGCAUCAGUACUCGGGAGGCCACCACUGAGCUCCGCCCAAAGACCUAGAGACAGACUUCGAUCACGGUCGGUGUCAAGGGAUCGUGGAGAAAGUCAGCACGUGCACGACAGAAUGAAGUUCACCGUGGACUUCCAAAACAAAGGUUUCAAGCCGAACACUAGGAGACAGUCUAUCCAGGACUCUUUCACGACGCUCGAAGAGCUGAUUACGAAGCUACCGGACUCUAUAAGCUUCAACAUCGAAAUAAAAUACCCCCGACUUCACGAAGCCGUGGAAGCCGGAGUCGCCCCGGUCGCCCUUGAAAUCAACACAUUUAUCGACCAUAUCUUGGAACGAGUCUUCCAAGCCAAGAGUGAACGGAAUAUCAUUCUUUCCUCCUUUUCUCCCGAAGUCUGCGUGCUUUUGACUACCAAGCAAAACGUCUACCCUGUGAUGUUCAUUACCAAUGCCGGAAAGCUCCCAGCUUCAGACUUAGAUAUGAGAGCCAGCAGUCUCCAGGCCGCAGUUCGGUUUGCCAAGCGCUGGUCAUUGGCCGGUAUUGUCUUUGCUUCGGAGACUCUGAUUUUAUGCCCGAGACUCGUGGGAUACGUCAAACGCUCAGGAUUGGUCUGUGGGUCCUAUGGCGCGUUGAAUAACAUUCCUGAAAACUCAAAGAUACAAAAGGCUGCCGGCAUUCAGCUUCUAAUGGUGGACAACGUCAGACUCAUCACAAUGGCCUUGGACGAGAAGCUUCAGCUCGAUAUUUAG